AUGUCUGUUCAUUCUGAAGGAGAAGAAGAAAUAGUAGAUACAACAUCGCCUACCAGAGAGAAAAGCACAGCGACCAUGCCUAUUGCACGUGUCGACCAUAGCGCUACGACCGAAAAUGUCCCUGGCGCUGUUGACAGUGGUCUGUCUGGACCUGGACCUGGACCAAGAACAAGAUCAUCAAGAAUAGCAGCUGUUAAAGCUAGAGAAUCAACCGCGCGUCAGAUUUCAGCUGAACAAGGACAAGGGGAAGACGAAUCCGGAUCCAAAUCCGAAUAUGAUUCAUCCGACAAGGACGAUGAAGAAGAUGGGAAAAUAGAUGAAGGAGGGAUAUUGGUAGAUGCAAAGGGAAAAGAAUGGUUGAAAAUAGGAGAUGAAUUUCCUUGGGAUGAUGUAGAGUGGUUUAUUGAUGAUUCGGUUGAUGAAGAGAUGAGAAUCCAUCUUGGGAGAAGAAUAAAGAAAAUGGAGGGAUAUCAAGUCAAUUCACCGACUGAAGCAGAUGUGAUUCUUGUCAAUCCACAUCCUGAUCAACUCGCACCUGAGCGAGCAAAAGGUUUAUCCAAUCUAGGAAACGUUAAAAGUGGUUUGACAUCGAUUUUACCUUAUAAUUGGUUAUCCAGAUGUUAUUUUACGAAAAAAGUACAAUCGAUAGAUGCGAGUAGAUUACCUAUUUUCUUGGAUGAGCAAGGUGCAGGAUUGAGGGUGAUGGUGGGUAAACUUGGGGAAGGAUUGGCAGGUGAUCAGGAGAGAAGAAAGGUGAUGAUUGAUCUUGAAGCACACGGAGCUUUGAUAGUAUCAUCUUGGAACCAAACUCAAAUUUGUAUUUUACCUUCUUCGCAUCCAUACCUCUCAAAUCCACCACAGGAAGAACAAAUCAAACAUGUAUCGUUCCGUUCACCAGAAUGGGUCAACGAGAAAAUCAAAUCAGCAUCGCAACGAAGCAAGUCCAAAAGCACAGGCAAAAGCAAAGGCAAAGGUAGAGGCAGAGGCAAACGGAGAGGCGAAGGCACGAACAUAAAACGCAAACAUCCUAAAACAGAAAAGAAAGUACCGGUAGAGAGGAAGAUGACAGUAAAGAGAGAAGGGAGAAUUAAAAGAACCGAGUUCGACGCCCAUGAUAGAGAUCGUCUCGCUCGUUGGAUAGCUUAUCACAGACCUACUGAAGUAGGAAGGAUAACGAGGAGUUUAUAUGAUAAACUACAAACAUAUAGUCCCACACAUCCAUUCUUCCCGUGGGCAUCAAGACACCCCUCAACUGCAUGGCACGAGCAUUACAAGCGAUCUCGUUCGAAAAUUGGCAGCGACGGUAAAAUACUAGAAGAUGAGAUCGAACGAUAUGUCAACGAGGAGAUCGAUAAAUCUCUGAAAACUAAAUAUGAAAGAGGAGAGGGACAGGGUCAAGUAAAAGGAAAAGCUAGAAAGACUGUGUAUCAACCGCCGGACAAUGACGACGAGCAGUCCGACACUGAUAGUGAACACGGACAAGAGGAAGUGAAAGGUCCGGACCCGAAAGGAAUAGAAAAGAAAACAGUGACAAGGAAAGGAAAAGGGAGGGUUCAGAAGAUCGUUGAUCCCGAUGAAGAGGAUGAAGUUGUAGAUGUAAACGAUGAGGCUGAUGGGCACAACCAAGAAGCUCACACCGCAAAAGCGACGCAGGGGGUCGAAGACAUGUCGGACGGAGAACAUGACGAAGACGAAGCAAACGGUGAAGAAGGAGUAAAGGGAGCAGACAUAGAAGCGGAAGUAAACGCAGAAGCAGAACAAGAAGGAGCGGAAGAAGAAGCAGAGGAAGAAGAAGAGGGAGAAGAGAGAAGAAAGAUAGAUGCAGUAGGGGGAGCCGUGGACUCAUCGAUAGAUGCAAAUCGACCAUCUCAUGCUGGAGAAGGGCAUAUAACGCAUGAACUUGUACAUCGCGAGAAAGGAAUUGAGGAAGAUGAAGAAGGUCAACGAAGAUCGAAAAGGUUGAGAAGGACGUGA